AUGGCUACAGAAGUAACAGAGCUUCGUAAAACAUUGAGGGUCCUGAUGUUCCCAUUUUUGGCUUAUGGACACAUCACUCCAUUUCUCGACUUAUCCAAGAAACUCGCGGAUAGAGGAUUCUUGAUUUGCCUUUGUUCUACGCCCAUCAAUCUCAAAUCCACCAAGCCAAAAAUCCCCGAAAAAUACUCUGAUUCAAUUCAGCUUGUCGAACUUCAUUUAGCAGAAUUGCCUGAACUUCCUCCUCAUUAUCAUACGACAAAUGGUCUCCCACCCCAUCUCAAUCACACACUUCAAAAGGCCCUGAAAAUGUCCAAACCAAACUUCGCAAAAAUCUUGCAAAAUCUGAAACCUGAUUUGGUCAUUUAUGAUGUAUUGCAGCAAUGGGCUGAAAACGUAGCGAAAGAACAAAACAUUCCAGCAGUCAGGCUCGGGAUUUCUGGUGCAGCUGCGAUUUCAUAUUUUUUCAACUUAGUAAGGAAACAAGGCGUUGGAUUCCCUUUUCCUGCUAUAUACCUCAGGAAAAUCGAGCAAGUAAAAAUGCGCGAAAUGUCGGCAAAAUAUGCUAAAGAUAAACAACCUGAUGAUGUGGAUGUUUUUGUUGAUGGAAAUACAAAAAUCAUACUGAUGAGUACCUCUAGAACAAUAGAGGCCAAAUACAUAGAUUUUCUCUUAGAAGUGAGCAAUUGGAAAGUUUUUCCAGUUGGUUCACCUGUCCAAGAUCCGAUCACUAGUGACGUGGAUAAAGUGGAGGUCAUUGAUUGGCUAGGAAUGAAAGAUGAGAAUUCAACUGUUUUUGUCUCCUUUGGGAGUGAGCAUUUCUUGUCAAAAGAAGACAUGGAGGAAAUGGCUUUCGGGUUGGAGCUAAGUAAUGUUAAUUUCAUAUGGGUUGCGAGAUUCCCAAUGGGAGAAGAGCAAAAUCUUGAAGAUGCUUUACCAAAAGGCUUUCUCGAAAGAAUUGGAGAUAGGGGAAGAGUUUUGGAUAAAUUUGCACCACAACCAAGAAUUCUAAAUCAUCCAAGUACCGGAGGAUUUAUAAGUCAUUGUGGUUGGAAUUCAGUAAUGGAAAGUAUAGAUUUUGGAGUUCCUAUUAUAGCGGUGCCUAUACGUAAUGAUCAGCCAAUUAAUGCUAGGUUGAUGGUAGAAUUGGGAGUUGCAGUGGAGAUUGUUAGAGAUGAUGAUGGAAAAAUUCACCAAGGAGAAAUUGCAGAAACUCUUAAAGACGUCAUAACAGGGAAAACAGGGGAAAAUCUGAGGGCCAAAGUGAGAGAUAUCAGCAAGAAUUUGAAAUCUAUAAGAGGUAAAGAGAUGGACGUUGCUGCUAAUGAGCUAAUUCAACUUUGUAAGAAGAGUAUAGCACAAAGUUGAAUUAGCUCAUUAGCAACAACGUCCAUCUCUUCACCUCUUAUUGAAAUAAUGUCAUAUGUUUGUAAUUCGAUUAACAUAAUUAUAUUAUCUGUGAGUGAUUUCUGGUUGAUCUUCAAAAUCUAUUGAGGUUGUAAUAAUAAGAAAAAAUAGAAUGCGACCUAUAAAUUGAUCCUACAUUAUGACAUUCUCAAGUAUGACUUUAUUUAGCUUUCAAUAUGAACUCUCAAUUCCAUGUUUGUUUCUUGUAGCAAUUAAUCAUGUAAUAAACAAAUUAGACAGCAAGAAGCAAAAAGAGGUGAUGAAUUUGCUAGGUAUGAAAGGAGAAAAGAAGAUUCUUUUUUUGUACAGUAUGGUUCCUCCUUUUGUUUGUUCAAAAGAAAAUUAGUACUGAAACUGGAAACUAUAUUUGUUAGGCAAACUUUUAGUAUGCAAGUUCCAACAUUCCCAGGACCUUGUAUUUUUGCUCAUGCAUAUUCAUUAAAUUAUACAUUAAUAUCUUCACAGCCAAGAAAAAAACUCUUCCAAACAGCAGGGCUAUAUGCUCAUUUGAUAUUGGAAUGCCGAAGUUGAUCAAAAUUAUUUGCAGAAGAGUAUUUCACUUGUUCAAGUAAGAGCGACGAAGCUUUUUGGAAUAUUUUGAUGUUGAAUUAAAAGUUUGUAUUGAUUUUGAAUUGACGAUAUGAUCUUCAGAAAAAGGAUGAAAAAACUGCAUAAACUAAUGUUACUCAUAUCAGAGGGCAGACACUUGAAUUUUGUUUAUGCUGUUUCACUAAUGUGUUAGUCGUGAGCUGCUUAACACCUAUUGGAUGUAAACAUUGCAGUGCAACCUUUGUGAUUUUCACUACAAUUUGCACUUUACAUCCAGUUUGAAUGUAAUAUGGAUUGAUAAUGUGUAAAGACUUGUUCUUGAGCUUCACUGCAUGCUAUUGGAUUUCUGAUGAAUAUACGCAUAUAUAAAAAGAAGUGUUCAUGUCAAUGGUUCCUCCAUCUACACUUUGACUUGAAAGUUACAAUCCUUCUUCUCUUUCAUUAAAACUAAAGGUUCCUCUAUCUACACUUUGACUUGAAAGUUACAAUCUUUCUCCUCCUUCGUUAAAACUAAAGAGAUCUCACCAAAUUGUUUCACUCGCCCAAAAUCAAUCCUCACCAGAUUCAAAUUCAAAUUCAUCAACGAACUUCAAGCCCGUGAAUUUUCUUAUCGCACAACUCUUCAACAACUUUCACGAUAAUAUUUAGAGUUUCUCCUAAUUUAAAUAUGUAAAAUUCAGAUAACAAACUAUUAAAUAAAGAAAUAUUGGAAGAAGAGGAGAUAGAAUUUGGAUUGUUGUUCGAUCUAGGUGUAUAUUGUUGCAGAAGUCCUCUAUUUUAUCAAGUGAGACUAACACGAGACAUUUGGAAAAUUAUUUGUGGUCCAUGUGAAGAAGAAGGGUUGAUAACCAUGAAGACCAAUUAAAAAAAUAAAAAUAAAAUCAAAAUUAGAAAUUAAUUAAAAGAUUAUAUGAUCCAAAAUUUGAAUUUUCAGUACUUGAGAUGGAGAUUAUAUUAAAGUGCAUUUAAUUUGUUGGUUUCAACAUCUAUACUAUUUAUACUUAUACGUAAACUUUGACCUAAAGUUAUUGUACAAGACACACCCUUGAUCACAUGCUUCUAUAGGAUCAAACCAGAAAGUUUGUUAGAUAUCAAAAGCCAUACUCAAACCAAAUGGUCUAAUUCCAUAUCGUUUAUCUCUUGUAAAUGCAAAAGUAGGUUAUUCUAUGUAAUAUUUUCAAUAACUAUAGUAAUAUCUCUUAAAAUUUUUAAGAUAAAAGUUAUUGAAGCCACCUAAAAUAAACUAGCAUACCAAGGUGGACCAGCACCUAGCAAUAUUUAACUUCUACUACUUACCUAAAUAAGAAAACCUAAUGUUGCGGGAGCAUUAUUUCCGGCGACUAAGUUCAUUCAAAUUGACUGAUACAAAUUCGAAUGGGCAAUGAGUAUUUGAGUUGUUAUUCGGUAUAUCUUAGGUAGGAAAAGAAGUAUUUAGUGACGACCCGUAUGAAUUACCCACCAGAUCAGGGAUCAAGUCUCGAACACUUUUAUAGGAAAUAGCAAUAAAUAAGAACAGACAAGUGCAAAAAUAUAAAUGACACAAGAUUUUUACGUGGAAACCUCACUGUUCAAGGGAGUAAAACCAUCACCUACCUCAUAGGAUUUCUCAAUCAUUUCACUAUCUUCAAGCAACGGUGAAUACAAACUCCUUAGUUGCAAGGAUUAAACUCUUAAUCUUUAGACAUCUUGCAACAACUCUAUUACAAGACCUCCCAAGCAAUAAUUCUAUUGCUACAAACUAAACCGACUAAUUCCAACCGAUUCAAGCACUGGCUAACUCUAGUCAUGAAAUGUCAACUAACUCUAGCUAACAUCAUUUUCAAUAAGAGAAAAUGAAAUUACAAAUUCACCUACAACAGCUUUACAAGAAAGAGUAAGUUUACACUUUUAAGAGUAAAUUAUAAAGACUCAGAUACAACAAAACUAAGAGCAGAAGAACUUUAGUCAAGCUAGUCCCUAUUGCUGAUGAGGACUUGCAGAUGAACUUGCAAGGAGAGAUCUUUCUUUUUGAGUGUGGAAAACCUUGACCUAGAUUUUUAUUCUUUUGAAUGUAUAAGAGACAUGAAAACCUAUAACCAUUUUCAUUGGUCGAGGUAAAAAGGCUGCAAAGCCUAUGCUUCCAUGCCCACUAACUUUCUAUCCGCACAAGUACAAGAUACAACUGGAAAUUUGAAGGUAAGAUAAAAAGUGAAACUGGUACCUUCGAUAGUGCUAAGAUUCAGAGAAUUUGAUGAAGGAAAGGAGGAAGAAGAGAGUGAUUUCUUAUUGAUAGGGAAU